AUGGAGCUCGAUGGUCCAGAACAACCAAUCGCAAGGGCAUCUCCAGUCGCACUCUUCAGGCCACCGUCUCCUCACCCAUCCGGCGCUUGGGAUCCGACGAAAAGAGCGUCUUUCUCAUCUCAGCGGCGAAGGAUCGAUGUCCAGCGAAAAUCAGACGCUAGUUCGUAUCAAGAACGCCGAGGAUCCCUUCCAGUUGUCAGUUUUCGUCCUGUCGAGCAUCCGCCGGGUGGACAGCUGCAGCAACCGGCGACGCUGCCUAACUAUGACCCACGUAUAUACGAGCAACUCUCCACAUUUACAUUUGGAGCACCUCCAUCGACAUCUGCACCGAGAUCCGCAGUUAGUGCGACGUUUGGAUCCACAAGUGCACCUGGCCCCUCACGUCCGCGGUCUGGCUCGCAGUCGGCAGAUGAGACGGAAAUGUCUGCGGAAGAGGUGGACGAAGACGAGCAGAUACGAUCUGAGCGCGCAAAGCUCAGGGCCCUCGACGACGGCUCCCGACGACCCAGUCUGCCAAUAAAUCUGCCACCGGGUGCUGACCGACGUCGGUCGACUGUAACAAAGGCCUCUUAUGGCAGCGAUUCAAUGUCGAUUAUUGGUGUGCCGGAGGAGCCGAUGCAACAGACGGUCUCUCUUCCUGCUCGGCUGGAACCCAAGGAACUUCCCGCACUGCCCUACAGUCCUAUACGCAACCUCAAACCGGAUUCACCCUUCUUGCAACUACCGCAACAAGACCUGCGUUCGCGACUCGAGGCAGCCGUCUAUCCAUACGGAGACGCGGCUCACCACUUUGAUUCUGAGCCCAAAGAUGACGCGGACGGAUCCCCAAGGCUGGGCUCAGAGGCCUUGAACGCCCCGUCUCCAGAAAACGCUGAAGGUGCUCGUGAAUCGUCCCCCGCGGCCGGUGGCGUGAUGGAAUCCGCCGACUUUCAGGCCAUUCUCGACCACGAAUGGGGGACCGCCUUUCACAUCCCUGGGAACAUAUCGCCACGAAGCAGUAUCGAAGACCCGUUCAUGAAAAUGAUUGAGCAACUCGACCCCGUGUAUAACCGAAAUCGCUACGCCUGGACAUUCAAGAAGAUCCAAACAGUAAAGAAGCCCGUCCGAUUGGUGCAUGCACCGCGGAGCCUUUCCGACCCGCCGGUCGGGGACAAUUCUGCACCAGAUGAUAAACCACCCGAAAAGGAACAGCCAGAGUUGAUCAUGUGGAAUUGUCAGAACGUUGGUCAGUAUGGAAUGUGGCCAGGACGGACGACUUCAGGGGAGCACAAGCGCCCUUCUGUACUCUACGCCGUUUCUGGUGAAGGCAGAGGUCAACGAGGACCGACCUAUCUCAUUCACAAACACUCUCGAUGUCAUGCCUUUUCUAUCUUCCAAGGAUACCAAGUGAAAGGACAGAAGAUAUUGGCUUCACAUGCCAUGCUUUUGUCUAGCAAGGCUAUUCAGUACAGCUUUGCCAACGCCCCGGAGUACAAAUCCAACAAUAGGCCUCCUAAACCGCACGAACCUUACGAAGACGAUCCAGAGGUUCAGAAGCUCCAAAUGGAUCCGCUCGUCGAAGAUGACAAUGAUACGCCUCGUGCUCGUUAUCGUGGUCAUGACGCAGUUGCACCUAACCAAUUACAGAUGAAGCGCUCGUCAGUCACCCCGGACCGCGUUGUACCUCGUAAAGCUUCCCAAGAAUUGCUUCGCCAGCCGCCGCGAGCUGGUCCUUCAUCCUUCGCGCCAACCGAGAUACCAAAGUCGGAGCUGAAUGGAUAUGUACCCCCGGAUGGAUCCAAUGGGACCGUAUCGACGUAUACGCCGGCACCUCGUAUCACCCCGCAUGCUGUGGCAUUUGAUGCGGUUGAUUCCAAGCUAAUUGCUUCUCAAGCCCUCCACCGAGCAUCCACCACCCGAUUCGAAUGGUUCAGACGUGCUUUUGGGACAGGCAGAGCAGUAGGAACUGCGCCUCGCUACUCCCACUCCCACCAUCCUCCCGUUCCUGCCACAUCCGACUCUACCUUUUCUCCCCCGUGGCUUCUCAUGGCUCCACAAUCGGUCAAGCAAGAGGAGGAACGAAUCAUGGCCAAUCUCAACGACUCGUUCAGAGCCGUUGGACUCAUUCCCACCCCCAAAUCGAGACCCCCUGGUUCACCAUCACAAAAGGCGCAAAAACCAAAAGUUCGAUCACCGAUCAUCGAUAGCAUUCCUCGCGAUGCAAUGAUGAUGUUAAUGCCCUUGUGGAUAUCAGAAGGUGGUACAGUGGAAAGUGUCUCAAAGCAUCACGUCCCGAUGACGGAGCGCACCUACUUGCUCGUAUACUAUGUUCCUUUCGACAAUUCACGGCCAACCGAGCAGUCACGAGCGUCCAUAUCGAGCAAGAAGCGAACGAGAGGCGACCGGGAUCGUGGCAACAGAAAGAAGUCUCUUGCCGCUUCCGAUUAUCCAAUGUCGUCUUUGACGGAAGAAGAUGUCCCAGGUCCGCCACAACCUCCGAAGAAACCUAAAAAGUGUGCUUUCCGCGUCGUUGCGCGAAUGCUCAGCUACAGCGACGUACGCGAGUGUGGCAUCAAGCUCCCUAGGUUUGGCCUUGCCGUUCAUGGAUCGCUCUCGGAUGCCCUGCUGGGGAACCCUUCCUACCAUGCUCUUGGCGAAAACUUUUCUGCCGUUAUUGCAGUGUGCCAUGGUGCAGAGUCGGGAGUCGAACUCGUCACUGAGGGUUUGGACAAGCUUGGGCUGCGCAAGAACAAAGGCGGUGUUGCUGAUGAGCAGAAGAUUGCAUUCGGUGCCAUGACCAGGGACAGCGCCGCACUCGAAGAAGAGCUCGAGGCGCGACAGCAACCGCUCACGCCCAUCGGGAAGAGCGUGGUUGAAAUGGUGUUUGCAGGAUGUAUUUCCAUUCUGGAUGUUGGAUUCCGAUGA